UACUAUUAACGUUUGUGUAGCACCUAUGCGAAGACACCGGUCGCUACGCGCUUCAUCAGCUGUCACCGCAACAAUGGCAUGUGACAGUAGUAUUAAUGCGGUCGACUGACCAACAGAGGAGCGCUCUGCUCCGGCUUCUCGGGAUCGCUCCUCCGAUCGUGUGUGGAUUUACAAGUGCCUCCGUGACAUCAGAUCUAUAGAACACGUGGGGCUGCUCGCCUGAUUCUCUGGAGCGACAUCCUCCUGCAGCAUCUCCCCGGAUCCCACGUCGGCCCUGGCGGUGUUAUGAGCGGUGAUGACAGUCGAAGCACUGACCCGGUAGGACUCCAUGGGCAAAGCAGACCAGGGAAUCCAGAGCGCCCAGACUCGCCGGCGGGAGCGCGUCGAACAUGUGGAGGAGAGCGGAGGCUCGCUGGACCCGGAGCGGGAAAAGAAAUACGCGGAGUUGUUCGAGCAGCUGGACCUCAACAAAGACGGACGCGUGGACAUCAGCGAGCUACGGACCGGACUGGCAGCUCGAGGUCUGCACCGAGGAGAAGCGGAGGAGAUCGUUCUGGAGAGUGACAUCAACCAAGAUGGAUCCCUGGACUUCCAAGAGUUCUCUCAGUACCUGCAGACUCAUGAGAAACGGCUUCGGCUCAUGUUCCACAGUCUGGACCGCAACAACGAUGGUCGGAUUGAUGUGGAAGAGAUUCAGCAUGUGCUGCAGAAGCUUGGGAUGAAGGUGACGAUGGAGCAGGCGUCCAAAAUACUGCAGAGCAUGGACAAAGAUGGCACCAUGACCAUUGACUGGAAUGAAUGGCGAGACCACUUCCUGUUCAAUCCUUUCCAUAACAUGGAGGAGAUAGUUCAUUUCUGGAAGCACUCCCAUAUGUUUGACAUUGGAGAACAUUUGACGGUGCCAGACGAGUUCUCAGAGAAAGAGCGGCGCUCUGGGCUCGUGUGGCGGCAGCUAGUGGCCGGCGCUAUGGCUGGCGCCGUGUCUCGGACUGGAACGGCACCACUAGACCGACUCAAAGUUUUUCUACAGGUCCAUGGCUCUUCUUCUCGGGGGGUCAAUCUGUGGUCAGGACUGAGAGGGAUGGUCAAGGAAGGAGGUGUUUCAUCACUCUGGAGAGGAAAUGGCAUCAACGUUCUGAAGAUUGCUCCUGAAUCUGCCAUUAAAUUUAUGGCUUAUGAGCAGAUCAAGUGGUUGAUCCGUGGCAGUCGAGAUGGAGGAUCAUUACGGGUGCAAGAGAGGUUCAUUGCUGGAUCAUUAGCAGGAGCAACUGCCCAGACCAUCAUCUACCCAAUGGAGGUGCUGAAGACUCGCCUCACGCUGAGGAAGACAGGCCAGUACUCAGGUAUGGCGGAUUGUGCCAGACAAAUCUUUAAAAUGGAAGGAGUUCAGGCUUUUUACAGGGGCUACCUGCCAAAUACACUUGGCAUCAUUCCCUACGCCGGCAUCGACCUUGCCGUUUAUGAGACGUUAAAAAACGCCUGGCUCCAACGAUACUGUGUGGAUUCUGCAGACCCAGGGGUUUUGGUCCUGCUUGGGUGCGGCACGGUGUCCAGUACCUGUGGUCAGCUGGCGUCCUACCCCCUUGCUUUAAUACGGACACGCAUGCAGGCACAAGCUGUGACGGAGGGCAAACCCAAACUCACCAUGCUGGGCCAGUUUAAAUACAUCAUAUCACACGAGGGAGUGCCAGGUCUCUAUCGUGGAAUUACCCCCAAUUUUCUCAAGGUCAUUCCUGCUGUGAGCAUCUCAUAUGUGGUGUAUGAGCACAUGAAGAAACUCCUGGGAGUGGGUUUCUGCUAGAGGAGGCUGGAGCAAUUUCCAGGUGAAAGGAAACGAGAACUCAUGCUGUCUCCUUCAAUGUUUGAUGUUCCUUUUUAAACCACAUUAUUUAUGAAUGUGUUUCUAUAUUUUUUAAUUUGACUCCGAUGUUUACUGCUCAUUUGUUCAUCAAAUGUCCUGAUAUUGCUUUUCAUUUUUUGACAUUUCAAAACAAUAAUGAUUGUUCAUGUAGUUGACGUUUGCCCUGAACAAGCACAGAUAUGCGGCUCAAUGGUGGCAACUUUCCCCACUCCUUGAGAAACUAUGGAAGACUGAGAACUGCUUUUUUCUGGACUUUACAAACCCAAGAACGACAUGAGAUUCUUCAGCGUUCUCUCUCUGGGUAUUUUGGUCUGCACUGAAGUCUUUGAUAAGAUGAGAACUGAACUGUUUUUCUCAGCUUUGUUCUAAAAUAACAGCAGCAGCUGGUCAAAGACAGUACUCACACACAAGAUCAGAAUAGGUGGUCGUAAUGACAUAUGCCAUGGCUGACAGAAUCAGGAUUCAAGAUCCUGCUGCUGCUGGAAUGACAACAAGAUAACCCUGCAGGAGUGAGAGGAUGAGGUGGGCUUGAUAUUGGUUUAACCAAUAACUGAGCUGUGGAGAGGAUACGGUGAGUCAGGCAGAAGGGGCCUAAAGGUUGAGUCCAUAACGAAGAAGGGUAGCGGAACACUAGAAUGUAAAACCAGUGGAACAGUAGCUGGGCUGGUCAGGACACUGGCAGGGAUGAAGGUGGUUCUCUGGUUUCAUGGCAUGAGACUGCAGUAGGAUCCAAACGGCUCAGCUGAUCAUCAUGCUUGGCAUGAAGCUUCCCACUGUCAUCACAUGGAGAGAUUGUGAUUUAUUCACCCAGAUGAGAGGAAGGUCCUUCAAAUGGCUUGUACCACUGACAGUCAGUGAGCAAGCAAAUGGACGUUUCUGCCAGAAAAACACGCGACCGAGGAGGCUCACUGCUGAUCCUUGCAGUGGUUGGUUUCACUUUUUUCUCUUUUAUUAAUGAGAGGAAACUGAAGUGAAGUGACCUCCUGCCAUGAAACCAGAUGUCACUGUAGACGAGGACUUAAGACCCGCUCGAGUGAGGAAUACAAGCUGUCUCUACUGAGUGGUUCGUGCCCCAACAGCAAGAAGGUUACAGGUUCCAGUACUGAUGAUGAUUUAAUGUUCCAAUGCACUGGUGCUUCAGCUAAAAACCUCAGAAUAGAUUAACUUCAAGAGUAGUUACACAUCAGUUCAGAAGCUGCUGUAAAUGACUACUAUUUCCUGAAUGUGUUUCUAUAGUCUGCAAAUGUACUCUCUUCUCCUUUUUUGCUCAUGGUUGUUUUUAUUUAUUUAAUAAUUGAUUCCCUGGGAAAUGCUUCUGAAAGACCCAACGGUUUGCUCAAGAGGCCUUUUAGAGUUUUAAUGCAUGGGUGCAUGUUUGCUGUUUUCCAGCCUCAGUGUGUGCAAUAUUCUGUGUUUAAAAUGAGACUGCUGCUGAGUGAGCGUGAUGACAGCCAAAAAGACCACUUCUACUUUUCAAAGAAUGUCCGCUGAAUAUGCAUGUGCACUUUAGACGCAUACAUGAGGAAGGUGAAGCUGAGGCGAUGUUCACGAGUGAACUGCAGGAUGAGAUUCUUGGUCACUCAGGGGACUGUAUUAAA